AUGCUUUUCGUGUGGCUCAUUCUGUUUCAUUUAUUCGAUUUCAGUUGUUCUGAUUAUGAAGCAAUCGACGAUUGUUUUAAAGAAGUUGCUAAUAUGGGUGGCGAGAAUAAAAAACAUCCAAGUAUAGACCCAAAUUAUUGCGACGAUACGAGCUCCGCGUUGUGUAAUGCCUUAUUUGGAAAAGAUGCAAAUACCUACGCUAAUAAUCUUAAUCCGUAUGCCUUUCUAGAAUAUUUUUUUAAUUGGAGAGGAAAAGGCUGUGAUUUUGGUCAUUUAAGAUUUUUCGAUGAUUUGCGAGCAUUUGCGCUACUUUAG